CAUGUGCAGAGCUAUUUGGGAUGGAGAGAAGCGCCUUUUUGAAGGCGCAUUCGUCCGGUGGUGGUGUAUUCAUUGAUUCUUUGAUAGAGAGAUGUUCUGCUCCGGAUCGGAGUCCGACCCACCAGUUUCGAGGAUAUAUGCUGACCCUUCUUGGUGCCACUCUAUUCGUUGAUAAGAGUGGUAACCGAGUCCGUCCUUGGCCACUGUCGUUUUUGUCUUGUAGCCCACAGGAUGUGAGGCGGUAUUCUUGGGGUGCGGCUACACUAGCCUAUUUAUACAGGCAGCUUGGCAUAGCUAGUCGUGCUGAUUCAGCCCAGAUUUGCGGUUGCCUCACGCUAUUGCAGGCAUGGAUUUACGAGUAUUUUCCCAUGUUUCGGCCUAACCGCACUAGGAGGAUGAUUCCUAUAGGAUCUGCUUCGGCACUUAGUUGGGAGGUUCGGCAUGAGAACAGGGGGAUUGACCUUCUACUGAGUAUUCGACAGGAAUUGGAUCAGACGAACGCCAUGCAGCUUGAUUGGUUACCUUAUGGUAAUUUUCCGGUAUCUGCUUAUCCUCGUAGCACGUACUACGGGUGGCUGCGAUACUUGGAUAUCAUUGAGCCGUAUAUGCCAGAUCGUACUUUAUGCCAGCUUGGAUUCAUUCAGGAGGUUCCCCAUCAUAUUUUGGAGCCGGAGUCUUGCUAUAGGCCUUCUGCUGGGGAUAGGUACAGGGUAGACUUCUCAUUUACAGCACAGCGACAAACAUGGGAUUUAUUUCCACGUGCUUCACAGCUUAUAUUGGCUGCUUUGCAUAAGGCCCCACUUCCUUCGAUGGCGACAGAGGCUUACUUGCAGUGGUAUGAUGCGUACUCCCAUCGUUUCAUCAUUAACCCGACCGACUGAGUUGCUAGAUGGUGGAGCCGGAUCACAUUAUGUUGAGGGUUUGGUUCCAGAUCAGGUAUUAGCUUCGAUGUUCGGUAUGAUGGACCCGUUUCUUGAUAGGGACACCACUGAUCUGCCCGAUGAUUUUCGAGCAUUAUUUGAGGGACUGUUUGGGUGGUAUGAGGCAUGGAACCUUACCCGUGGUGUGGAUCGACGUCCAAGAAUGUAGUCAUAUUUUGUAUUUUUAUUUGAACUUAUUUUCGAUGUAAUGAGAUUUAUUGUUUUUCGGCUAUAGUGUAACGAUUUUA